AUGCCUGAAAGGAAGCGAGCCCUCUCCCGCUGCCAGAGCAGCCCUGCUUCCAGCUGCACAGCCAGUAUUAUCACUGGGUGCUAUUUUUGGCUCCUGAGUAUCUCAUCCUUCCCACACCAGCCCUGGUACAAAGGACACAAACUCUUCUUCCCCCUCCUCAUCCUCCUCUCUGCUCCCGGCUGUGCGGAGCCGCUGCCGGCUCCGUCCCCCUGCUCAGGGAUCUCUGGACACUUUUCCCUGCUCCUUCAGUUUCUGGGCAAGAGGCUUUCCAUCCAAAGCUUCAUGUGGGAGGCUUCAUGUUGGCAUCCAGAGUACAUGUCCCAAAUAUGUCCAGCCUCACGUCCUGAUCCUAGUGCCAAAGAGCUGCAGACAGAUGACAGCAGCUCUCCUCCUUCCAUACUGAGGAAAAGGCCACCUGUGGACCAAGCUGUGGGGGAGAGGCGGAGAGCAGAGAGAAGGGUUCGAUUCCGUGAGCCAGAAGAAGUCAUUGAACAUGUAAUUUCCUGCUGUGACUACGUAGUGGCAGAUGACAGGACAUCAUCUGGAUUGCCUGUGCUCCUGUGGCUCUUGUUUUGUGCAGUGCUGAUCCUUGCUGUGAGUCUCUACUUCACCAGCAUGAAGCAAGAUGUCACAGUCCUGGAGGAAUUUCAAUCCCGACUCGUCAUAUUCUUUCUGCACAUAAGACACGUUGCUCAGAGGUGCUGGACUUGGUUUCUGAGGCAGUAG